GAAAUGAUAAUCGUCUGCGGCCAAGGCUUUCCUUAUGCGAAGACAAGCUUCACUUCUUGACUUAGCUUGAUACUAACCAACUUAACUCAAUAAGGCCAAAUCCUACUUUGAGACAAUUUCUUUUGGUUCCAUGAAUGGAUACAAGCUUUCCACCUAUACCCACUCGAACUCUGUGAAAAAGCAACUUAAUGUGAUUCUAUAGCAGCUUCUAUAGAGUCUAUAUUUGGUAGACCAAAAUUUUCGGGCUCUCCGUAAGCCUAACUAUUUUUGAUCCGCGAUUUUUCCCGGACAAUUCACAGUGUUGGAAUAUCAUGAGACCGCAAAGUAUUAUAAGUAAUCCGUUACUUUAACACGCAAGUAAGUUCUUUCUGCUCUUUAUCAGCAUACCAUUCAAGAAUUAGACAGUCGCCUUGUCUCCUUAGGUCUAUUGUCUCAUUACCUGGGACAAUGCUCUUCUCAAACCUCGCUCUCUUCUUGGCUUCUGCCACAGUUGCGGCAGCCCAGAACGAGACAUCUGCCGCACCCAUUGUUGACUGGAGAACAGUCAACUGUAGUGGUGUCAUCGUCGACGCCAAGGCCUUGCCCAACAAGCGAUGGGAGGCGGCCGGUGCAACGGGCGCCCUCCAUGAGGUCCUCGCCGCCUGGCGGAAUUACACCACCAACCCCGACGAAGUCAAGUUCGAGUUCAGCGAGUUUGUUUCCUGGUUCUUCGGCGGCCCGGAACAUUGGCGGUGCUCGGAGAUCUUUGACGUGCCUUGCUCGAGCACGUUGGUCUGUGAAGAUACUAAGUAUCCAGCUGGACAUCUUAUUCUGAACUCGUUCUCUAAGCUCCAUCUGUUUCACAACCGCUAUUUUGAGGCACUCAGUCUGGCACAGCAGGAUAUCCAGUCCGAAAUGGACCUUUUUGCCGAAGUUUUUUCCGUGCCGCCUCCCAGGGACCCAAAAAAGGACCAGACAAGCAGAAUCCUCCUCAAUGUUGCGUACGGCUUGAUUGGCAUUGCGCAGGCCUACAUGAACAAUUUUUUCAUUUUUGCCAAGCCUGUCGAACAAGCCGCUGGCGCCGUCCUCUCCCAGGUCUGGCGAUCGCAAUUAUCAACCACUCUCAGUUACAGCAUCUUCACUGGUUGGGCCAUUGGAAAAGACUAUUUGCUUCCAGGCCAGAAUCCUAAUCCCUCGUAUGGAUCUAUCGGUGCUUUGAUGGGCGACGUCUUCGAAAGUUGGAAAGCCUCUGAAACUGCCUACGUCAAGCACAUUUUCUCUCCCAACGACACUGAGACGGAGAAUUUUCUCGUAGCAGCUUUAGACAACGGCUUCGUGGGCGCCGCACCGGAUGAUAUUAACACCAACGAUGUAUCCGCGAUGCUCCAGAAGCUCUUCUACCCCAGGUUUAUGGUGUCUAUAUGGCAGACUCGCAAGUGGUCCAAGAGGCCUUUUGUCCUGAAGACGAAUCUGGCUUGCCAUAUGAACGAGGGCGAGAGAGAUUCCUCUCUUUGGCCCUUCCUGCCUGACAGUGACCAUGCCAAGGCUGCCGCUUGCUACAAUGACAGACUCUUCUAUCUCCUCGACAUUAGGAGCGAAGGCGUGAAGUUGAGCACCGAUUUCCCCUCCAUCCGUGCUGACGUCAUGAAAAGCAAACACUGGCCCUUCACGACGCUUUUUGGCGCGGAAACCAUGGAUGGCGUCCGGUGGGGCGGCGUCACGAAGGAAGAUAUAGUCGCCGCCGCCUACAAUGGCUAUGUCGCGGGCGGUCACAUGAAUAAUGUCUUCCACCCCAACUACACCGACGUCUCGCCUCAGUCUCAAGCCAUAUUGUGGUCAGAAAUGGGCAACCAUAGCCCCGGCUUUGUCAAUAUGUCCUUGUGCCAGAAUCUUUACACGAUUGUUGGCAACGUCGUGCACGGAAGCCCCGACCAGCAUCCAUCUUGGCCCUGCGCACCCCUUAACGAGAUUAAGCCGGUGUAAAGGGCCGCUUGAUAUACUCGGGCAUGUCAAAUGUUUCGAUCUUGUAAUUGAGGGGGUGGUUUUGGUCGUGAUUAUGGUGGUUUGUAAGAUGUUUAGAUAACUUCACUUGUUUCGCUUCCUGCUAAUAGGUUUCAAGUAUGGAUCUUGAACUAGCUUCUUUAAUAACAAUAUAUUUUAUUUCUUCGUCCACAUUCUCUUUGACCCGAACUGAUUAAACAGCUGCUCAUUGGCGGCUUUUGUACAUAAUUAGUCAACAGGGUAAAUUCGUGA